UGGGUUCUGAAGCCGGAGACAGGACGUGGGCUUCUGGGCAGAGAUGGCCCUGCAGAGCCAGGUGUGGUCUCCAGCCACGCCCAUGCCGAUGGCCGAGAGCUCCCUCUACCGGCAGCGGCUAGAGGUCAUCGCCGAGAAGCGGCGGCUGCAGGAGGAGAUCCGCUCGGCGCGCCGGGAGCUGGAGGAGGAGAAGCUCCGCGUGGAGCGGCUCAAGAGGAAGUCUCUCCGGGAGCGUUGGCUAAUGGAUGGGGCGGCUGAGGGGCCAGAGCGGCCGGAGGAGCCCACCUCUCGGGACCCGCAGUCUCCCGAGGGCCAGGCGCAGGCCCGCAUUCGCCACCUGGAAGACAGCCUGCUCACGCUCCAGUCCCAGCUGCAGCUGCUGCAAAGCGCGUCCACAGGUGCCCAGCACAAGCCCUCGGGCAGGCCCACCUGGCGCAGACAGGGGCACCGUCCUCUCUCCCUGCCCACCGUGGAGGCAAGUCCUGCAGGCUACACUGAUCUGAACAAGAGAACCUCCCUGCCAGCUGGGCCCCUGGGCACAUCCCCAGAGUCCCCCUCUGAGUCCAGAGACGAGGCUGCUGGGGUUCUGCCAGCGCGGAGGCCGGUGCUCGGCGCAGCAGGGGGCUCCUCGGAAGCCAAUGGCCCCUGCCCUGGGCCCAGCCCCCCACCGGAGCAGGAGCCCAGGCAGGAGGUGGCCGCUUCCCAGGGAGGGGCCGUGGUGAAGGUGGUGUGGGAGGGUCUGGGGGCCACGAAGGACUGUGCCACGGGGGCCACAGGCCCGGAGCUGGAGGCUAAGGUGGAGGCGAUGGUGCUGGAGGCCGUCACGGACAGGCAGGAAGCCCGCUGCCCCGAGCUGCCGUCCUGGGUGAAGGAGGACCGGGGCGUCGUGGAGGUGGUCUGGGAAGGGGUGGGGGGCACGCGGGGCGGUGACUCGGCGGCCCCGGGGCAGGCGGGCAGGGGCCCGGAGUCUGCGAGGCUCCAGGAGGGCCUAGAGGAAGAAGGCAUUCCCAGGGGCAGCCCCGACGGCGACGGGCAGGGGGCCUCAGGAGGGGAGGAGGGCUCCUUCAUCUGGGUGGAGAGAGUGACCCUCAGCGAGGAGUGGGAGGAGCUGGUGGUGGAGGGGUCGGCAGGGUCACAGGCUUCGGUGGGGGAGGGAGGGGCUGCGAGUCCCCGGCGGGCGGGGCGGGGGCGAGGGGCGGGGCCCUGGGAGGUGGAGAGGAGCCGGGCUGAGGCCUCCGUGGGCGCAAGUGAGCAAAAGGCAGGCGCAGAGGCGGAGGGGGCGGAGAUGCCUCCGGCGGGAGAGAGGAGAGGAAGACGGGGGUCCUCGGCGCCGGAGAGGAGAGGAGGUGAGAAGCUGGGCACAGACGGGGAAGGAGGUGGGGAACCACUGUCGGCAGACAGAGAGGAAGGUGAGGGGCCUUUGGGGGCAGAGGGGGAGAGUGGUGAGGAGCCCCUGGGAGUAGAGCAGGAAGGAGGUGAGGGGAAGCUAGAGGCUGAGGAACCAUCGGGAGCAGAAAGACAAGGAGAUGAGUCACUGAGGGCAGAGGAGGAGAGAGGUGAGGAAGAGCUAGGGGCAGAGCAGGAAGUUGAGGAGCCCUUGGGAGUAGAGCACAAAGGAGAUGAGGGAAGCCUACAGGCGACCGGAGCCCCGCUGGUGACUGAGAGAAGAGGAAGUGCGGGAUCUCUGAAGGCAGAGAGAACGGGAGGUGAGGAGCCUUUGCAGGCAGAGAGGAUGCAAGGGGUCAAGGAGGAUCUGAGUCCAGAAGAGCAGAGCGAGCCCGGGGGAGGAAGGGAAGGUCAGGCGGACGAGGUGAGUGAGGCAGGCGCUCCCCUGGGUUCCGAGGAGGAAGGACGGUGGCCCCCGGAGAAGCAGGAAGGCUCCCUGGAGGAGGAAGCAGUGAGGCCCCAAACCCCUGUGGAGGGCCCGGGCCCCUUGGGGGUCGCCGCCCCGCUCCUGGUAGAGACCCCAGCUCCGGAGCAGCCCGCCGAGUGCCAGCCCCUGCUUCAGGUGGAGGGGCCCAGGGCCAACCCCCGCGCCCACCCCGUGCCCACCUACGCGCCCACCCGGCGGUCCGAGCCACCUGCCCCUCCUGAGGGCGAGGCGGCGGGUGGCGCAAAGCAGAAGACGUGCCAGUGCUGUGCGGUGAUGUGAGCCGCCUCCCCGCCCAGCGCCUCUCUCAGCUACCUCGGCCUCGGCAGCCAGCGGAGGGCCCCGGGGUCAGGCAGGGCACCACGGACUGGCCGUCACCUCCGCCUGGGCUUCCAGAGCCCUCUCCCCUGCCUUGACCCUGGCCCCUUCUGCGAUGGAGCCUUUAUACUUGAAAUAAAACAGCAUUCGGACAGGUUGAAGGGGUAGGUGUGUGCGUGCGUGUCUGUGGUGUGGCACAGAACGACCUCUCCAUCUCCGGGGGGAAACCGAGGACUUAGAUCUUU